AUGGCCGCCGAACGCACAAACGUCUCCAACGACCUGAUCUGGCAGAUUACCCGUAACCAGAACGCUUAUCUGGUUCGCCGCAAUGCCGGUGGUGGCUCCCAGUUCUCCCGGGACCCCCUGAACCUGGUGAACAAGCAGUCGUUCAAGUAUGCCGGUUAUGCCAACAACAAGGCCGUUGGUGUCCAGGCCACCGAGAACGGUGGCGUGGCUGUGACCACCAAGAAGCCCAGCAAUCCCCAGCAGCCCGGCAAGAACCAGGUCACCGUUUCCUACGGUCCCAACACCGCCACCCGCAAGAUCUACAAGGGUGUUGCCGACAAGACCGCCCAGCACGGCUACCGUGGUGAUCUCCGCGAGGAGGCCGUUGCCCGCGUGAGCGCCAUCCGCCGUUCGCAGAAGUCCAAGAAGGAUGUCCCCGCCCGGAAGCCCCGCGGUGCCAAGGCCCGCCAGGCAGCCGAGAAGGACCAGGAGUAA